AUGGAAACCAACACUAUAAUUAUAACUUCUGCAAAAACCGAUGUGAGCGCACCCGCCACCGUUGAACGAGUGCGCGCCUUCCUCAACGACAAUAUCCUCUCGCAGUAUGAGAUUUCGCCGAGUAACGCGCUACAGUUGAUUACUUUGACCAAUUUCAAGCGUCUCGUGCUGAUUUUUCCUACAUUAUCGCUUGCUCAACGUGCUAUGUCUGCUAAGAAUGAGGACAAAGCUGUGGACGAUUUACAAUUCAGUUACUCCCUUGUAGACACAGAUUAUCAGGACCAGAAGCAAUAUCUUGACCUGCCCCCACACAGAAAGCUUUUCUUGGUGUCGCCGCCCGUGUCGCCGCCUCCCGAGUUCGAUUACUCGCGAUUAGAGGAAAGUCCAGGCCGUGCUUUCGAACACGCAACCCACCAUCAGAUUCCUUCCGCGGUGAAUGCGCCACCAGAACAUCGGGUGCUUCUUGACCAUCCCAUCGGGACGAUAACGCUCGACUACUGCGGCGGAUCGGCCGCACCUAAUGGGGGAGCGGAGCUGUCUGUGGAACAUCUCCGCACUGGGAUGCCACCACGGUCCAUUUUCGAUGAAGACGAAUGA